CGCACCUCUGCAAAUAAUCUCCAACGCAGCACCCCCACAUCGCAGUCAUUCCGAGCGACUGUAGUCCUAGUCCCAUCCACUUGAUCACCAUCGAGAGCCUUUGCCGUCGGCCAUUCACGAUCCGACUGCUGUUCCUCCCUUCCUUUGUACCAGAGCAUUCGCGCCACGCACGCUGUCAAAAGAGAAUAAACGUAGUCUCGAGCGUCAGAUGCUGGCAAAUAGACCCUGGUCACGCGUACUUGGAGAAAUAUGAGUCGCUCGUCCAACCCGAGACACGCCUCUCAGGCACUCCGAGUCAUUCUUCUCCUUUCCUGCCUCUAUCAUGUCCCCGCUGGCUUCGCGUCGUCGCCAGUCCCGGGAUUGCUGUACUCCCUGAGCUCCCCAUCCGUACGCACCCGCCACAAAAACCCAUUCGCCGUGUUUCGCGGCUUCUUCGGGGGAAAAACCGGAAUAUUGCAAACAGAUCACGCUCCUGAUCAUCCUGAUGCAGCUAUCGGAUCUCGGUUUAACGAGACUGUGAGACCAUUCAGUCGUUCUCUGCAGUCCUCCUCCUCCUCUCUCUCCGACUGCCCCUUCACCACCACCAACCCCCUCCACACCUGCGCCGUGGGUUACGCCGCCUCUGCCGGCGUGACAGGCGGGAACGGGAAGCCGGUCUACGUGGUGACAAACGCCGACGACUCGCUACCAGUCGGCACCAACGGCUCGCUGCGGUGGGGCUUAACGCGCGCGUAUGCCGCUGGGGGUGCCAACGGCAUCUACAUCACGUUCGCGAAGAAAAUUGACGUUCUGCUCGCCGCGCCGUUAGCCGUGCCGUCAGGGACAACGAUCGACGGGAGGGGAGUCGCCGUCCGGCUGUUUGGAUCGUCCGUUGUCGUUCGCAACGCGCGGAACGUGAUUGUGCACAAUAUUGAAGUGCAAAGCGUUCAGUUCCCCAACGUAAAUAGCGGCGUGAGCAUCAUCGACAGCACGGUGGUGUGGCUGGACCACGUGCGAGUGCGCGACGCUAUAGCGGGGGCAGUGGAGGUCGUGGGCAACAGCGCUGGCAGCGCCGGGAGUGUGACAAUAUCGAGUUGCCACCUGAACAACGUGUAUCUCCCUGGCGUGAUUGUAAGGGGGCCGGGAGCCGGAUCUCUAGGCAGCAUCGUCAGCACCCGCAGCUCUAACAGCAGCGGCAGCGGGGGCAGCGGGGGUAGCGGCAGUGGAGGCGCAGGAAGCAGCAAUAGCAGCAGCAGCGGCGGCGGCGGGAGCAGUAAGAGAAGGAAGGCGCAGGCGACAAGCGGCAGCAGCAAGAGCAGCGGGAAUAGCACCAAGUCGCCGAGCACCAACAGCACCAGCAGUUCAGGCACUAAGUCUACUAGUCCCCCUAAUAGCCCAACCUCUCCCCCUAAAAGCCCUAGCACACCUAAACUCACCGCUCCUCCUACGCGCUCCAGCCCGCCCAAGCUGCCGAGCCCGCCUAGUGGCGCGAGCAGCAGCACUAAGAGCGCCAGCAGCAACGCCGCUCCCGCUUUGACCGUGACGCUCUUUAGGAACUGGUUUGACUCGAGCGACUCCGGCAACCCCCAAUGCGCGGCCGCCACGUGUCACCUCGCGAACAACCUGAUCUCUAACUGGCGAGCCCUAUGCAUCCAGGCGCUGUUCGCGGCGAACGUCCGGUCAGAAGGAAACAUUUUUCUCGCCGCCGGGCAGAAGGACGUGGCGCGAUCCGACGGCUCGGCGGUCGUAUCGCUGGGAGAUAGGCUUGGGAAUGGCGCGGUCUUUAACUCGCAGGGGAGCGGCGCGGUUUUCACUCCGCCGUAUUCUGUCACGCUCGCGGCUCCCGAUUCGACUCUAGAGAAAUUCCUUCAACAGUCCGCGGGCCCGCGGGUCAUGGCGCGCCCGCCCAUGCAGCCGCCCGCGCUUUCUCCGCCUCCGCUCUCCAAAUCUCCCCCUCCUUCAAAGCCAUCUCCCUCUCCCCCCCCCGCGCCCUUAUCCAAUAUCAGCAUAAAUACCCCGCCUUCCCCGCGCACUCCCCCUCGGUCCCCGCCGGCGUCAUCCCCGCCGGCUGCAAAUUCUCCCCCCAUCCCCGGCGUUCCCCCGCCCGCGGACAUCCCGGACGCGCAGUGCGCGUUCGAUUCGGAUGCGCCGCUGCACGAAUGCGCUCUAGGGUUUGCGCGGGGGGUACUGGGGGGAUACGGGCGCAGCGAGUAUGUGGUUACCAACGCCAGCGAUAGCAUCAUCUCGCCUGCGGAGGGUUCGCUAAGAUGGGGUUUGCAGCAGUACAGGGACGGAGUGUACAUUCGGUUUGAAUCGUCUAUGACAAUUCAUCUCAAAGGAAGACUGCUCCUAUCGUCGUACACAACGAUUGAUGGGCGAGGGGGGCAGGUUCAAAUCAGGGGAGAAACGAUUGUGGUGCAAUCUGCGGAGCAUGUGAUUAUACACAAUAUUGAAGUGGGCGAGGUGGAUGUAGCCCCCUACGGCACGCUGGACGGCAUUGCCAUCAGAGCCAGCAGCAUGGUGUGGGUGGACCACUGCCUCGUGCACAAUGCCCCGCUGGGCACCGUCGACCUGCUCGCCUCCUCCGACGCCGUCACCGUCUCGCACUGCCACCUCUCCAACUACCUCCUCCCCCUCGCCUCCGCCAACGCCACGUCAGCACCACCCCCCGCUGACCCGACGGCCCCGGGCACUGGUGGUCAAGAGCCUGACACUGCGCGUGUCACCUACUUCGGUAAUUUCUUUGAGGGGCCAUCGGCUCCUGUGCUGCACUGCCAGGCGUCGCUGUGCCACCUGGUGAACAAUCUCUUUGCCAACUGGACUGACACGUGUAUUAUUGCACGUGGAGGCGCGUCCGUGAGAUCGCUCAAUAACGUGUACCACAGCACUGUAGCAGGUGCGGCGGACAUCGUAACGGCGAAUGCGGAUGGCGAGAGUUAUUUUGUAACAAGUGGUGAUUUGUUGCGGAAUGGGGCGCGGUUUGUGCAGAGUUUGCCGCCUGGGGUGGGCAAUGUUGCGGGCAUGCCUGCUCUGCCCUACUCCCUGCCUGUAGACAAAGCUGACCCAGACCUCCCUGCUGCGAUCAAGGCGAACUCAGGACCCCAAUUCUGAAGUCAAAGCCAGUCAACAAAGUCAAGCAAGCGCAUGUAGCCAUGGCUUACUUUGUACUGUAUAGUAGCUAGGUACGUGCUGCUAGAUCGAUCUCGAGUGCAGCAUGGUGGGCUGGCAUCUGUAACUGUUUGGACGUUUCCUGAAAAAAUGUCCAAUCUACCAUAAGGGCGUAUUCCUACCG